AUGGCUGUAAUGACACGGAACAUGGCUCGAUCUGCCCCGGAUUCGAACGAGCGAAGACCGAUCCCGGUGACUUUGGUCUCUGGGUUUCUGGGGAGCGGCAAGACAACACUCUUGAAGAACAUCCUUACCUCUGACCAGCACUCUCUGCGGAUUGCCGUCAUUGUCAAUGACAUGGCCGCUCUGAACAUCGAUGCUGCGCUGAUAAAGCGCCAUGUGGUGUCUCAGACCCAGGAACGCCUGAUACAGAUGGAAAACGGCUGCAUCUGUUGCACACUUCGCGGCGACUUGCUGGAAGAGCUGGCCAAGUUGGCUCGUGACCGAGAGUGUGAAUACAUCCUCAUUGAGAGCACAGGCAUCAGCGAACCAAUGCAGGUGGCAGAGACCUUCACGGAAGAGUUUGCGCACGCCAUGAUCGAGGCGGCGAAUGACGGCUCGCUGCAGGGUCAGCAGGAUGACGAGAGGAUCUUGAAAGAGAUGGCGGAACUUGGUGGUCUGCAAAACAUUGCCAAACUCGACACCCUGGUCACCAUCGUCGACGCAUUCAAUUUCUUUCACAACUUUUCCACUACAGAAUUCAUCACCGACCGAUGGGGAAAGGAGGGCGUUGACCCGGAAGAUGAACGGACCAUUACGGAUUUGAUGGUCGAUCAGAUAGAGUUCGCCAAUACCAUCAUCCUCAACAAAAUCGACAGCGUGGACAAAGCGACAAGAUCUCGAAUCAGAGCUGUCAUCCACCAACUGAACCCUGCCGCGAAAGUCUUGGAAUCCAAUUUCUCCAAAGUCGACCCCCGACAAGUCAUCCGCACCGAGACGUUUUCAUUCGAAAAAGCUGCCACUAACAUGGGCUGGCUCCAGAGUCUCCACGACCUCAACGUACGAGAGAUCAAUGGGCAGCUCAAAGUCGCUCCCAAGCCGGAGACUGAAGAGUAUGGCAUCUCCAGCUUCGUCUACCGUGCACGACGACCCUUCAAUCCACGACGCCUGUAUAGAUUGAUACACGACAAGUUUGUCAUCAUGGAGGGUCAGAUCGUUGAUGAGGAAGCGGAUGAUGAAGACAACGACGGGGAUGAGCAGAGCGGAAGUGAAGAAGAUGAAAUGGAGACUGAAGACCAAGACGACUCUGACGAUUUUUCCAAAUCCAUUGACCCUAAGGUCGUCGUCGAGAACAAGAGAGCAAACCCCGUCUUUGCCGGUCUCCUACGGUCCAAAGGGUUCAUCUGGCUCGCCACACGGCCUUUCUUACACGGAGAAUGGAGCCAGGCUGGAACCAUGCUGACCUUGCAGGGCGGUGGUCCUUGGUUCUGCGCUCUUGACGAUGCCCAGUGGCCCACGGACCCGGACACACGACGCAGCAUUGAAGCCGACUUUGUCGAGCCCUGGGGCGAUCGACGACAAGAGAUCGUCUUUAUCGGCGAGAAACUUGACCCUGUCGGCCUAACGGCGGAAUUCGAUGGGUGUCUAUUGACAGACCCGGAGAUGCGCAAGUGGGGGAAGAUCAUGAAGUCUACCGAGGACAAGGAGAUUAUCCAUCGUAAAUUGGCAAAUGCCUUUGAAGGUGAGAAGAAGAUUUGA